AUGCAAUAUAGUAAAAAAUUAGCUAAAGACUAUCCUUUUUUAGUUAACAAAUGUAAACUUCAGUCAUUCUAAUCAUAUUUUAAUCUAGAGUUGAAUCAAAAAAUUAGAAAAUUAGGGGGUCUAUACUUAGCAGGCAUUAUCCUCUACAAUGGAUAUAAUAGCAUGUUUGGAAAUACUGAUAUCAAUCAGUAGACAAAUUAAUCAUCAGCGGAUCCUCUUUAUCAGAAAAUGUUGUUGUCUUGGGGAUCAGGAAUUAAUGGUCAGCUUGGAACGGGAACAGAAGCCUUCUCAGUAGGAACACCAACUCAAAUUACAGUAUUAGGUGAUGAGGAGAUCACCCAAGUUAACGCUUCCAGUGAUAUCAGUGCAGUUGUGACUAUUAAGGGAUAAAUAUAUACCUGGGGUAAAACAAAGGGAGGAAGCAUGAAUUAAAAGGAAAAUCUGUCUAGAUAGACUAAUUUAGUGUUGCCUACUAUGGUUGAUGCACCUAACGUUAACUUUAAGCAAGUUGCUUGUGGAAAGACUCAUUUAGCUGGUGUUACUCAAGACGGAUAAUUAAUAACAUGGGGAGAUCCAGAUUAGGGAAAAUUAGGUCACAAUGCUUCUCUAUAGAAGGAAUCCAAGAAUAAGACUUACGGACCAAGAAGCUACAAAGAUUAUAAUGCUAUUGAUUAUGUUCAUGGUGACUUAGAUGGAAAGAAAGUUAGAUAAGCUGCUUGUGGUUUCUAGCACACUGCUUGUGUCACUGAGGAUGGAGAAGUUUAUACAUGGGGUUUUGGAAAGAAUGGAGCCCUUGGGCAUGGCAAUUGGGAUUAAAUAGACGUUCCAAAGAAAGUUGAAGGCUUGAAAGACAUCAUAAAGGUUGAAUGCGGCAAUGACUAUACUAUUGCUCUUGAUAAAAACGGAAAUCUGUAUUCCUGGGGAUCAAACAGAUAUGGUCAGUUAGGAACUACUCAAGCUAAUUUGUAAAAGUACAAUGUGCCUACUAUGAUUCAUCUUCCUCACGGUUCUAGCCACGUUAUUGAUUUCUCUUGUGGAGAGGAGCACUCAGCGUUUUUGAAUGAUAAAGGCGAGGCUUACACUUGGGGUUACGGUAACGAUGGACAACUAGGCCAUUAAGAAAAAGCUAAUUUAAACCAACCAAAGAGGCUUUAGUUUGAAGGCAAGAUUUCAAGAGUUGUCUGUGGCGGAGGACACACUGGCAUCGUGACUGAAGGCAAACUCUUUUUAUUCGGAAGAGGCAGAGAUGGACAGCUAGGCAGAGGAGAUAGCAUGGAAAGCCAAGCUGCUUACAGGACUGAACCCAAAGAAGUCAAUUACAUCAGAGAGACUUUGAAAGCUGAGGUGUAGGAUUUGGCUCUUGGAAAUAAUCACUGUAUUGCCCUUGCUGCUAGGAAAUUAUGA